GACGAACGACCCGCCGCUAGGAUCUUCGGGGGGCGGCGGCGGCGACUGAGGGGGGGACCGAAACGAAGAGCGGCCGCCAAGGAAGAAAAGUCCUGUUCCCCGCCUUCCUCCUCCUCCUUCUGCUCCUCUUCGUCUCUCGGCGGCUGGGGUGUCUCCGGUCCCCUCAUUCGCCCCUCGACACAGACAGACACACACACACACCCCUCGGAUCCCGUCCAGAGGCAGAGAUUUGGUCACCUUGAUCAAACCCAAGCAUCUUAUUUCUCCUAUCUGCAAUUCUUGGAAAUAUGUUGCAUCUCAUUGUAGUACGGAUACUGCAGUACAGAUUCAAAUAACAUGGCUUUUCAGGGUUGAAAAAAAAAGUUCGUAUGAAGACUGUAGCAAUGUUUCUGGAUUAUAUCAAAGAUCUGCAUCUUUAUAUUGUACAACAUGUAACUAAUGCGACACUUUUAAUAAAGUGACCAUCAUGUGAAUUUGGGAGCCCUGUGGGAUCUUCCUGAUCCAAAAGGACAAGAGACGGCGGGAUUUCCUGCAGGAAUUUACAAACUUGUUUUUUAUAUAUAUAUAACAUUAAGAGAAGAUAACUAAGAAAAUGCCUCCACGGCCAUCAUCUGGAGAAUUGUGGGGCAUCCACUUAAUGCCACCAAGAAUCUUAGUGGAAUGUCUUCUACCUAAUGGUAUGAUAGUGACUUUAGAAUGCCUCCGUGAGGCCACACUGUUAAAUAUUAAACAUGAACUCUUUAAAGAAGCUAGAAAAUACCCUCUCUAUCAGCUCCUUCAAGAUGAGUCAUCUUACAUUUUCGUAAGUGUUACACAAGAAGCCGAAAGAGAAGAAUUUUUUGAUGAAACACGGAGAUUGUGUGACUUGCGGCUCUUCCAGCCUUUCCUAAAAGUCAUAGAGCCAGUAGGCAACAGAGAAGAGAAGAUUCUUAAUCGAGAAAUUGGUUUUGCUAUUGGCAUGCCUGUCUGUGAAUUUGACUUGGUUAAGGAUCCAGAAGUUCAGGACUUCAGAAGAAACAUUCUCAAUGUUUGUAAAGAAGCAGUGGAUCUGCGAGAUGCUAAUGCACCCCAUAGUAGAGCAUUGUAUGUGUGUCCCCCAAACAUAGAAUCUUCGCCUGAGUUGCCCAAGCAUAUAUAUAAUAAACUUGAUAAAGGACAAAUAAUAGUGGUGAUAUGGGUUAUAGUCUCCCCCAACAAUGACAAGCAGAAGUAUACCUUAAAAAUCAAUCAUGAUUAUGUGCCAGAGCAAGUGAUUGCGGAAGCAAUUAGGAAGAAAACACGAAGUAUGUUGUUGUCAUCGGAGCAACUAAAACUCUGCGUAUUGGAGUACCAGGGGAAGUAUAUUCUAAAAGUCUGCGGUUGUGAUGAAUAUUUGCUAGAAAAACAUCCCCUGAGUCAGUAUAAGUACAUCCGGAGCUGUAUCAUGCUUGGUCGAAUGCCCAACUUGAUGCUGAUGACUAAGGAAAGCCUUUAUGAGCAGCUACCACUGGAUACCUUCACAAUGCCAUCUUAUUCUAGACGUAUUUCUACAGCUACACCAUAUAUGAAUGGAGAAGCUUCUGUUAAAUCCCUCUGGCAGAUUAACAGCAAUCUCAGAAUAAAGAUACUCUGUGCAACCUAUGUAAAUGUAAAUAUUCGAGAUAUUGACAAGAUCUAUGUUCGAACUGGUAUCUACCAUGGGGGAGAACCAUUAUGUGAUAAUGUGAAUACUCAGAGAGUUCCUUGUUCCAACCCCAGGUGGAAUGAAUGGCUGCAGUAUGAGAUGCAUGUUCUUGAUCUUCCACGGGCUGCUCGGCUUUGCCUUUCAAUCUGCUCUGUUAAAGGCAGAAAGGGUGCAAAGGAGGAGCACUGCCCAUUGGCGUGGGGGAAUAUUAACAUGUUUGAUUACACAGACACUCUUGUUUCUGGCAAAAUGGCUCUGAAUCUGUGGCCUGUACCUCAUGGGUUGGAAGACCUGCUAAAUGCUAUUGGUGUCACUGGAUCAAAUCCAAAUAAGGAAACUCCAUGUUUGGAGCUGGAAUUCGAUUGGUUUAGCAGCCCUGUCAAGUUUCCUGAUAUGUCAGUGAUUGAAGACCAUGCGAAUCGGACUAUAUCUCGAGAACUAGGAUUUAACUAUGGUCAUGCAGGGCUGAGCAAUAGACUAGCUAGAGAUAAUGAAUUGAGAGAGAGUGACAAAGAGCAGCUCCGUGCAAUCUGCACUCGAGACCCCCUCUCUGAAAUAACUGAACAAGAAAAGGACUUCCUUUGGAGCCACAGGCACUACUGUGUAAAUAUGCCAGAAAUCUUACCAAAGCUACUCUUGUCAGUUAAAUGGAAUUCCAGGGAUGAAGUAUCACAGAUGUACUGCUUGAUAAAAGAUUGGCCUUAUAUCAAGCCUGAACAAGCCAUGGAGCUUCUGGACUGCAAUUACCCAGAUCCAAUGGUGCGAGCAUUUGCCAUCAGAUGUCUGGAAAAAUAUCUGACGGAUGACAAACUCUCUCAGUAUUUGAUUCAAUUGGUGCAGGUUCUGAAAUAUGAGCAGUACUUGGAUAAUCUACUGGUGAGGUUUUUACUUAAGAAAGCAUUGACCAAUCAGAGGAUAGGGCACUUCUUCUUCUGGCAUCUAAAGUCUGAGAUGCACAAUAAGAAUGUGAGCCAAAGGUUUGGUCUGCUUUUGGAAUCCUACUGCCGAGCAUGUGGGAUGUACCUAAAACAUCUGAGCAGGCAGGUGGAAGCUAUGGAAAAACUGAUUAACCUCACAGACAUGCUUAAACAGGAGAAAAAGGAUGAAACACAGAAGGUACAGAUGAAAUUCCUUGUAGAGCAAAUGAGGCGGCCAGACUUCAUGGAUGCACUGCAAGGCUUUAUAUCCCCUCUCAAUCCUGCUCAUCAACUUGGAAAUCUUAGGCUUGAAGAAUGUAGAAUUAUGUCAUCUGCUAAAAGACCAUUAUGGCUUAAUUGGGAAAACCCAGAUAUUAUGUCAGAGCUGCUGUUCCAGAAUAAUGAGGUCAUCUUUAAAAACGGGGAUGAUCUCCGUCAGGAUAUGCUCACACUUCAAAUAAUUCGAAUUAUGGAGAACAUUUGGCAAAACCAAGGCCUUGAUCUUAGGAUGCUGCCUUAUGGUUGUUUAUCUAUUGGUGACUGUGUGGGGCUCAUUGAGGUUGUGAGGAAUUCACACACAAUCAUGCAGAUCCAAUGCAAAGGUGGUCUUAAAGGCGCACUGCAAUUUAACAGUCAUACUUUACAUCAGUGGCUCAAAGACAAGAAUAAAGGAGAAAUGUAUGAUCCUGCUAUUGAUUUGUUUACACGUUCCUGUGCUGGCUAUUGUGUAGCUACAUUCAUACUAGGAAUAGGAGAUCGUCAUAAUAGCAAUAUCAUGGUGAAGGAUGAUGGGCAGCUGUUUCACAUUGAUUUUGGACACUUCUUGGAUCAUAAAAAGAAGAAGUUUGGCUACAAACGAGAACGUGUGCCGUUUGUCUUGACACAAGAUUUCUUAAUUGUGAUUAGUAAAGGAGCCCAAGAAUGUACUAAAACAAGGGAGUUUGAAAGGUUCCAAGAAAUGUGUUACAAGGCUUACCUAGCAAUCCGGCAGCAUGCCAAUCUGUUCAUAAAUCUAUUCUCCAUGAUGCUUGGUUCAGGAAUGCCAGAACUACAGUCUUUUGAUGAUAUUGCAUAUAUUCGCAAGACUCUCGCAUUGGACAAAACGGAGCAGGAAGCCCUUGAGUAUUUCAUGAAACAGAUGAAUGAUGCUCAUCAUGGUGGCUGGACAACAAAAAUGGACUGGAUCUUCCACACAAUCAAGCAACAUGCCUUGAACUGAGACAAGAGUAAAGACAUUGGAAAAAGGAGGGCCCGUUUUUGGAUGUUCCACUGCACUGUUGACUAUUUGGCAGUAAGAAGUAGAUUGCAUCAUGAUUGCACAAAUCAAGGACAGCAUUUGAACUUGUAGUAAAAUGAAAAACUCAAAGCUACCUGGUUUUGGAACACGACGGAUUGUGCAUUUCAAAGCAUAACUUUCUUGUAUCUACAGUCGUGUUAUGCCUUAAGUCUGGAAAUAUAAGGUUUAGAGACAUUUAUCUUGGUUUGUUUAAGUAGGAAACCUGCAGCAGCAUUAAAACCAGUCUUUCACAUGUUCUGAUUGUACUGGUGGGAAUUUAACUCAUAGUGGUUGCAAAAGAUUGAAAAAGAAGGAAAGCUUAGCAAUAAUUACAAUUGCUCUUAGAAGGGUUUUCCACUCCCAUGAACUCUGCUCAGUAAAUUAUAGGAGAUGGUGCCUUUAUCAUGUCAGAUGCACUUGGUGGAAUUAAAGAGAAGCAAUCUUUCCCAGUUUGAUUGACCGUCUAGUUCAAACAGGUCCUUAAGAGUAGAGCUUAAGAUUCUGCUGGACAGUAUUAGUAGAAUUAAGAAGUACCUCCCCACCACCUCAAAAAUCUGGUUAGUGAGGAGGAUUAGGUUUGGUGCAACACUUUGGACUUUUUUUUUCUAACCUAAGCCUCAAAACAUUUUUCACACAUGCUUUCCAGAGCCUAAAAUGAGGUGAGUUACUAGAAUUAAAGAUUAUUUUUAUAAUGGUUAUUUAUAUAACAGAAACUAUUAAUAUAUAAUGUUUCUUUACAUUGAGUUGUCCGCUUUCCAGUUGUUUUAAUUCUGCAGACCACUUCUCUGUCUACCAGCCUGAUUAUAGAAGCCACUAAGCUCAUUCAGUGACCUAUGGGGUCACGCUGAAGUGUCCCUGUGCUGGUCAAGGCACAACAUGGCAGUGUGUGCAGGGACCUGACGCGGGACGCUGUCCCACAGCUCCUCCUUAGUGUACUUUCCCUGUAUCAAAGGCUUUGCCCAGCUCUAGCUUGGGUGGGGUGGGAGGGGUGUUACAGUGGCAGGUUGGGCAGAGCUACACAGCUGCUCCCACUUUGCAUGUUAGGACACUACUUGUUUACAGCAGCACAAACUUCUUUUCCUGAAGUGGCCCUCAAGAACCAGCCUGGAGCUCAAGCUUAUUUGCUCAGAAAAAGGUUCUGUUGAAUCCAGUGAGACUUGUUCCCAUGUAAAUAUAUUUUAUGAUCAGUGUGUCUAGCUUGGUUUCCUGGAACAGCUUUCCCCAAUGUCGUGUCCUCUGGAUUUCUCGGACUACAGCUUCUGCCAUCUCCAUCCAGCAUGGCUGAUGGUUGGUGCAGGCUGAUAUGUAACAAGGAUGCUUAUAUUUCAAUAGCAACUUUCAAUCAAGCAACAAGCGCAUGCUGAAAAAACAUAGACUUGGAUCAGAUCAGUGGAGAUACAAGCAAGAAGGUAUCUCUGUCUUGCAAAGAAGUAGGCAGAUCUUUGAUUAGUUCUCAGUACUGCUGGCUUUUUAAAAAAAUCAGAAGAGAAGGCUCCUGUGGAUUGGGAAGUGGGAGAAGGAGAAGAAGGAGAUCAAGGCAGGUAGUAGAGGAGCUCAUGCUUCCACUGGUAAUGGCUUGUUCCCCCAUAGGAAGAUCUGCCUAUAGAAAUGCGAGCAUGAAGAUAAAUUGUAACUAAUACUUCCAGUGUCAAUGUGAGUUCUGGUACAUUAGGAUGAAAUGAGACCCUUCCGGUCUUCCUCCCAAUAAUCUCAGGCAAUAGUCCUUAAAUGAUAUUCUGAGUAUUUUGUUAAUUUUGACUUUGCAGCCCACUUCCGUCUUGGCCUUCUUUCUGCUUAAUCAUGGUAACUGACAAACUAGAAGAUAUUUUUUUCAGACUGAUCGCUAAAUAGUCCUUUGUACUGCAACAAUCCCUAGCAUGCAGAGCUAACCAACCAAUAUUUUAUAGUUGUUUGUGUGUGCGUGUGUGCAUAUAUAUCUGUAUAUCUCUGUAUAACAACAUGAAAUUGAUAAAAUUGGCAUCAUGUAGCAGAAAUCUUGGUACAAUGUGUCCCCCCUCCCCCAAAUUUAUAACACCAAGUAUUUUUAUUCUCGGAUACAUGAAGUGCCAUUUCUUCCACGUUAAUAUUGUUGUCUCACUUGACUCAUAGAAUUUGAGAUGUUCCACAAUUCUGGGUAACUGAAUGCACUUGCCAUUUCUUCUGUCCCUCAAACUGAGGUAUUACUCAAGAGUGCAAUACCAAUUUGAAUAUAAUGUGCUGAUACUAGGUAUUAGAAUAUAAACAUUAUAAAUAAAUUUGUAUAGAAUAUA